CUUCAUUUCUUCAAUCUUAACUAGUCGUUUAACUGUGCUGCCAAAUUAUAAAAUUCCUGGCGCGUAUUCAUACUUUGAAACCAGUUUACACACACAUGGAGGUUUAAUUUAUGGGCGAUUGUUUUAUGUUCUCAACAAUAGAAAGUUUACUAUUCAUAUUGUUAGACAACUGAAUUGCACCUGUCACGUUAUUCUGUAUACAAAGUGAUUGUCAAGUAACUGUCGACUUAGUAGUGCAUAAUUUAAUAUUCAUUGCAAGAAAUUACAUUUAUUUAUUAAUUUGCAGAACAAUUGUUUUAGAAAUGACGACUCCAGUAGUUCAACAACCAAUAGCUCUGAUGUCUACAGUGUGCUAUGGUCCGCAACCUUCCUCUUUAUCAUGUAACAUUUGUAUGAAUAAAAUUACUACAAUUGUUCAUUACCGUAAUGGAGUAUGUACUUGGAUGGCUUGUACUGGAAUAGCAUUAAUCGGUGGUAUAUUCGGAUGCUGUUUGAUACCGUUUUAUGUGGAUUCAUGCAAAGAUGCCUAUCAUAGUUGUCCAGAAUGUGGAACAUUACUCGGAGUUUACAAACGUAUCUAAAAUACAUUACUGAUUGUUAUGACUCUUACACAAAAAGUUGUCUUCUUUCUUCUACAGUUGUUUCAAUCUAUUAAGUGUUUAAUAUGAAAUAAGAAUGAAAAUAUAUUCAGGUAAUGUCAUCUGUAUAUUAUUUUAUUGCGUUUUUUUUUCUCGAGCUUUCCUUAAUUCCUUAUAAUUUACAUUACUCAAUAUUGUCUAUAUUUCAGAAAUAAUGUAUAGUUUCCUUUGACUUCCAUAUUUUUCAAAUACUCUAUAGUAGUUCAUAAUUGCAUAUACAUUAGAAAACAUAUUUUUAUUGUCUUUAUCUAUAACCUAGUACAACAAUGUAAUCUGUUUCGAUACUAUGGAGUUAAACCAAUUCAUACACAAAUGAUGCAAUGACAUUUGAUUUUGUUAUCAGUUUUUACUAGCAGUAAUUUUAUGAUCUUUAUCUAAUUACUUCUACUAUGUGUUAGCCAUUAUUACACCUACCAUUGUGGAUAUUUUCUCAAAAUAAAAGCUACUGUGCAGAAUACUUCAUUUACAUAUAUUAAAAAGUUGGAUUUCUUUUCAAAACGUAACACUUAUUGUUCUCCUAUACAUAUGAGUCGACUCAUUACUAUUGUUUGUCUUAUUUAAUUUUGUCUUUUUAAAAUGUUUUUAUUUUGACAGAGUACCUUUUUUAUUCAAUAUAUAAUAAUGGUUGGUAUAUUGUUGUUUUAUUUUGUUGAGAAUCUGAAUGUACAUAAAACAUAACAUGUUUCAAUAGUCAGUAAGAUUUACGUGAAAACUUUGUUUAAUGAUUGUUUGAUCUGUACCUCAUGAAUAUGA